UCUCGUUGGGAAACUCUCGCGCAUUCAUCGGUCAUUCCCGGCAGUUUCCCGCUCAUUUUCGAACAAAUUCGAAAAUGCCAGUGAUCAAUUUUAAAAAAUACAAAUAACCGCAGUAUAAUCAAAAUAAAAUAAUGCCUCUUGCGCAAAUUAUAAUAAGCAUUUAUAUAUUUAUAACAUGCGUUGGUAUUUUUGGAAAUUUGGCGUUUGGUUACAAAUUGUGUACCAGCAGGGUACCACGGAACCCACUUUUAGUGGGACUUAUGGUUUCGGAUUUGUCCGUUUGUGCUGUAAGCUGUCCGGUUAAAACCUAUCGUUAUCUUUAUAGAUCCCCUACGUCAACAUUGACGAACGUCAUUUUCCUCGACUUCUUUGAGUCUCUUCCCGUAUCAUCAGCCACUCUAUCGAUGAUGUGCGUUGCGAUGGAUCGAUACUGCGUGGUGAAAAAAUUCCAGCCUAUUAACCGUAGGAUAACAAGGAAGAAAACUCUUCCUUACAUCGUGGCACUGAUAUGGAUCGUUGCUUCUUUCGUCGUCCUCUCCGAAGCAGUUAGUAUUCACAAGUCGUUUUCCUGUUACACCAUGGUGUUGCUUGUCAAAUUGGUGUUAAUCAACAUCCUACCUACCCUAACCGUACUCGUCAGCCAUAUAAUCCUGCAUUCCAACUUGACGGCGGUGUCACUCACAGCCCGCGCCAGACAUGGCGAACUUCCUCUUCCGAUGCCAAUUCUUCAAACCAAGAAGCUAGAAAAUCAAAAGUCACAUGUGAUUAUCGUGACCGGAGUAUCCUCCAAAGACGAAAUGGAAGCGACAGAUGCAACAGCAGUACCCGAGGGUACAGCAUUGAAAACAUUGAAGAAUAGAAAACGUCUGGGGUAUUUUAUGCUGUUGAUGGCGAUGUUUUUCUUUUUUCUCUGGAUGCCCGAUACUAUAUGCGAACUUAUCGAUUUAAUAUCUGAAGAUGGAGUCAGCCCUGGUUUGCUACAGUUUGCCCAGAGUUUCGGAUUACUGCAUUCUGGCAUUAGCCCAUUUCUUUCAUUGGCCAGCAUGGACCGCAACUGGACAAAAGGAGUGUUUUCGAUGUGCAAGCAGCUACACAUUUUAAAGGAACAUAAAUCCCCUUCCUCGACGAACGAAGACGCAUUAGGGCCGUUCAACCCCAAAUUUGUCAAACCUAACGUCAAAGUACAAUACAACAGACGAUCUUCAUCUGUCUUUAUCUACUAACUCUGUGAUCUAGCUUGUUUAAUUUUUCUAUAAAUAAAGCUA